UUCUUGUUUCUUGUCCUUCUGAGUUUGUACCCUUGUGGUUGAAUGCACUUAAUGUAAGUCACUUGUAAGUUAAAUGACAUGUAAUACACGUUAAUUUUAACGUGUCACGUGAGCGGUAGGGCACAGAUCAAUUUUAAACGAGCAUCCCCAAAGCCAGACGUGACAUAAUAAUUACUAUUUACACGUCCAGUUAUUGUUUACGAAAUAAAAUAACACUGAGUUCCGUCUGCGUCCCCUCACCUGAGGGGUGUUGUCUUAAUAACGUGUACAAAUGCGAGGAAUAAUUAAAACACCCAAUACCUGUUGAAAAAAAUGUAAUUUAAAAUGUUUCCUUUGUCAUUGAAAGUGAUAAACAACUUUCAUUUUGAAAGUUAAACUCGCUGCUGAAAACAGUUUUGUGUUUUAUUGCUGGGAAGGUAAACGGUUAAGUGAAACCGUUGAACAGUCCUGAUGUGCCGUCAUCAGGGUGGCCCUACACAAACUUGUGCUUGUAUGUGUGUGUCUGCGCGUGUGUGUGCGCGUGGAGGGUGGAAGUCGUUCCGUGCGUCACUCCCUUCCUUCACAUGUGGAACAAAGCAGGAGAAGCAGCAUAAAGGAAAUACUCUCACAUUACUGAGCGGGAGAAGAAAUCGAGGGAAACAGGGAACCGAUGGCAACAAUUUGAACGAGCGGUUUUCUUAUCCAACGCAUGCAUACAAGUUGCGGCUUGUCCUCUGUUCAGAGGAGGUCAAACCGGCUUGCGAUGAGGUUCUGACUGACUCUGCCACAGUCGGAUAUGUCAGACACGUGUUCCCGUCUCCUCAGAGCCAUCGGCUGCCUCUGCCUUCUUCAUCCCGGUCUCUGGGCAGAAGAAUGCACCCAGGGUGUUUUGGCAGAACGCGAGACCGUCUUCGUCCCAGCGGGAAACAGUCUGUCUCUGUCCUGUGUGGUCCAGCACUGUGGGGGCGCCUGGACGGGAAACUGGACGAGGAGAGAUUCAAUGGCCGACAACUUAACCGCGAGGCAUCAUCUGACCAAUGUGCCGCUCUCUGACACUCAGACUCGCCUGUCUUUGAAUCUCCUGAGUGUCGGCCUCUUAGACCAAGGUGCCUACGGGUGCAGCGUUAAAUGGGCUCGAGGUGACACGGAGGAAGGAAACACGAAGUAUGUUAACGUUACUGCAGCCGUCCCUUCUACGAGGAGCGCCCUGCACAGGGUUUUGGUCUGUACCGGCGUUUGUCUUUGUCUUUCCAUCAUCCUGUGUUUGGUUCGUGGUCUGAGUUCAGAGGUCAAGCCCCAGCCGCUUCCCAGGACUCUUUCCAUUAACAGAGAGCAACGGCAGCUGGCUCCACGGCCCCCACCUCGAUGCCCCGUACCUCAGAAGCCUAGCACUCGCUCUGACAAAGCCGUCCCCGAGUCCACCCAGAAGAAGGAGGUCGUGUAUGCCGACAUUUCCCAGCAUGCACUGGGUCAACCUGGAGCGUCCAGUGAGCCCGGACCGUCCACCGUCUACUCCUCCCUCAUGGUCUCCUGACUGCAGUUGAAGGAGGGAGAACGCAGUCUGCUGGGGAUACGUUUCGAUCGCGUGUUACCGGCCGUGUUUUAGAAUGCGUACUCGAAGAACAAGAAGAGUGGGUUGAGCCGCAUUUGUGGAAAUACCGGAAGGGGCGGGGUCCUGCUCCCGAAUUACGCUAAUUAGCUUCAAUUAAAAAAAAAGAAGAAAAAAGAAUGUAUUACACAGCAUUUCGGUGUUCUCACAAAAGUGCGAGAGUUUAAAUCACACUGAAAAAAGUUGAUUCAUCUGAGUCAAUUGUACAAAAGAGCUGGAGUCAUUAUCCAGUGUCAAGGAAUUGGGUUUUUAACACUGAUCAGAUUCAUUUGCGACUAUUAGUAGAGUUGAAUUAACUUUGAUGGGUUUGAAAUGUAACCGUACAGCCGUGUCACACUUUAACUCUACGUACUGUGUAUUUAACACUGAGCAGGUUUACGCCCUCGGGAGACGUCUGUAGGAGCCAUAUUGAGGUGUAUUUCAUGUUUCUUCUUGUGAAUAGUGUUGAGUGUUUGUGUGCGUGUGAUUGUGUGUGUGUGUGUGUGUGUGUGACGAGUGAGUGAGUUAUGUGGCCACAGGUCUGUUCACCCCACGUAGAGGACGGUUGGGAGGCUGAAGUCGGAGCCAAAGGAAAGACUUUAAAGACACGAAGACACAGCAGAGGGUUUGGCCUGAGGGAGAAACCGUCUUUUGACUGUGUGGUGGAGCGACGUGACGUGACAAGCCGUCUCCCGCCAUAUAUGAAACUGCUUUAGCUCAAUUGUUUGUUAUUUUCACCUCAUGUUUUUGGUUUGUAAAUUCUUCAUUUAUUAAGAGCAAUAAAUGGUCUUUGCACCGAACCGGA